UAUUUUUAGAAGAGCAAGACUUUGCCGCAGAUCCAAACUUAAUUUACUUGCCUAGCAACCUUCAUUUUGCAUUGUGCUCGAAGCAUUAAUUCUCUUACGGAAAGAAAAAAGAAUCAAAACAUAAAAAAAGUGAAGUGUGAAAAUGGCAACGGAUGGGACCACUUUUCCAGAAGGCGACGCAGAAGCAGAACUCAAUCCUGGACAGAACAAGAGUUUUGAAGUAGAUCCUGUUUCUUCAGAGAUCGCUUCAGAUAAGAUGGCGGAAAAGAUACAACAAAACUUGGAAAGGAAGGAAAACGCAAAGGCCAGGAGAGACGCAACACAAGCGCUGAAGAAGACGAUUAUCAUAUCAGCCGUGAUCGUUGCCGUAGCUGGAGCCGCCUUCGCCAUCACCAAAAAACUCAAAGAGAAAUGAUUUUGAUUACAUAAUUUAACUUCAGUUUUCCUCUUUAAUAUGUAACUACUAUUACCUUUUCAGAAAACUAAGAAAAUACGUCUAUUAUUAUAUACCUAUAUUUUUUGUCAAAUGUAAUUUUGUAAGAAUAAUAAUGCAAUGGACUAUUAAUUAAUAUUUAUUUAGUUUCUU